UGGAAAAAAAAAAUGUUUUUUUUUUUUUUUUACAUUUCAAAACCUCUGCUCAAAGUCAACGCCUCUCUCCUUCUCUCUCUAUUUUCUCCUCUCUCUCUUACCUCUUCUUCUCCUGAGCUUCCUUGUCUCUCCUUCUUUUCUCUCUGGAAGAAUCGGCCAUGAAAUAUCGGUCACUGUAAUUUUUAUUACUAAGAAAAAUUUCUUAGAAAAAAAUAAUAAAAUCUUUUUUUGAAAAGAUGGGUAACGGCUUUGGGAAAUUAAGCGUUUGUUUCACCGGCAACGGAGAAGAUCGCCGGAGACACCACCAAGAUAUAUCUCUUCUGGUAUCGGAACCUCUGGAUGAGGGUCUGGGCCACUCGUUUUGCUAUGUACGACCCGACCCAUAUCGGCUUUCUUCGUCCAAAGUCCAUUCCGAAGAGACCACGACCUUCCGAACAAUCUCAGGCGCGUCUGUGAGUGCCAACACUUCGACUCCUCUAUCGACAGCCUUCGAUCUGUACUCUUACAACAGUAUUGAUCGAGCUGCGGCUUUUGAGAGCUCCACCUCUUUCGCUUCGAUUCCUCUGCAACCGAUCCCGAGGAAUUUCAUGAACUCGGGCCCAUUUUCGGGAAAUCUAACCGGAAUUCCCUGCUCCGGACCGCUCGAGAGGGGGUUUUUAUCAGGCCCGAUUGAACGCGGGUUCAUGUCAGGCCCCCUCGAUCGUGGGCUUUAUUCGGGGCCUAUGGAGAAAGAUAGUUCUGAUCAGUUCCAGAGGAGCUUCUCUCAUGGGGCUUUUGCUUUCAGACCCAGAUCGAGAAAAGAGAAGCUGAUUCGGGUGUUUCGGAGAGCUUUAUCGAAGACGAUUUCUCGGGGACAGAAUUCAAUCGUGGCUCCGAUUAAAAGUGUCGUGUCGGUCAAAGAGCCCGAUUGGAUUGUCGGGUCGGAGAAGCACAAUGAGAAUCUGACAGUUAGCAGUUUGAAUUUGAGCAGCGAUGGAAGUUUGGAAGACGACGAUUCGUUGGAGAGCCAGAAUCUGCAGUGGGCUCAAGGUAAAGCAGGGGAGGAUCGAGUACACGUCGUGGUUUCUGAAGAACACGGGUGGGUUUUCGUCGGGAUUUACGACGGGUUCAACGGUCCGGAUGCUCCGGAUUACCUCCUUUCGAACUUGUACUCGGCUGUGCACAAGGAGCUCAAGGGUUUGCUUUGGGAUGAGAAGCUCGACACCGCCACCGCCGCCCCUGCAGCUUCCCCUGUUCAUUCUGAAAGUUCCAAUCCAGACAUGGAAGAUUCGUUGCGGAAUAGUGAUAGCGAUAUGGUGAGGAAUCGAGUGGUGGAGGUUUGUUCUCAGUGUGUUGAGCAAGAGAAUCAUCCUUGUGCAAGUGGGGAUGAGUAUUUCGAUUCGAAUUUCAGAAGAAAGAAAGGUAGGAAUACGAAAAGCAAGUACAGAGGGGCAGCGAAGAAAUGGGAGGAUAACCAGAGGAGGUGGAGGUGUGAAUGGGAUAGAGAGAGAGUCGAGCUCGAUAGAAGGUUGAAGGAACAGCUAAAUCGAUCUGGGUCUGAUGGGUCGAGAGCGAUUAACCACUCUGAUGUGUUGAAAGCUCUAUCUCAAGCUCUGAGGAAAACAGAGGAAGCGUAUCUGGAUAUUGCAGAUAAGAUGGUUAUGGAAAAUCCUGAACUAGCUUUGAUGGGUUCUUGUGUUCUUGUUAUGCUAAUGAAAGGUGAAGAUGUUUAUGUGAUGAAUGUGGGUGAUAGUCGAGCUGUUUUGGCUCAGAAAGCUGAGCCUGAUUAUUGGCUCGGGAAGAUUCGACAGGACUUGGAAAGGAUCAAUGAAGAAACAUUACAUGAUCUUGAAGGUUCGGAUGGUGAUAGAUCUAGCACCAUUCCAACUUUAACAGCUCUUCAGCUUUCUAAGGAUCAUAGCACCAGCGUGGACGAGGAGGUUCAGAGAAUAAAAAAUGAACACCCUGAUGAUUCUUGUGCUGUGGUGAACGAUCGGGUUAAAGGUUCAUUGAAGGUUACACGUGCUUUUGGUGCUGGUUUUCUCAAACAGCCUAAAUGGAAUAAUGCACUUCUAGAGGUGUUCAGAAUUGACUACAUUGGCAGUUCGCCGUACAUCACUUGUUUCCCAUUUCUGUACCACCAUAGAUUAGGUCCAAAAGACAGGUUUUUGAUAUUAUCCUCUGACGGAUUAUAUCAAUAUUUUACCAACGAGGAGGCUGUUUCAGAAGUCGAACUUUUCAUCACAUUGCAACCAGAAGGAGAUCCAGCACAGCAUUUGGUCGAAGAAGUGCUGUUCCGAGCUGCAAAGGAAGCCGGUAUGGACUUUCAUGAGUUGCUCGAAAUACCUCAAGGGGACCGAAGGCGGUACCAUGAUGAUGUUUCAAUCAUUGUUAUAUCUUUAGAAGGAAGGAUCUGGAGAUCAUGUGUAUAAACAGAGAAACCACAGAUAGACUAUAGAGGCAUCCACAAAAAAAGUCAGGCAAUUCCCUUUUUUCCCACUGUUUUUUCGUUUUUUUUUUCCUAAUCACCUUUGUAAAGUACCGAUUAAGCUUUUCGGGGAGAAGCCGGAGGGACUUGGUGUUGUGCAAAAUCUACUGGGGUGGUGGGGACUGUAAAGGUGUAAAAGUUGGUUCUUCUUGAAUAUAAACUGUCAUAGAAAAUUGUAAUUUUCUAAUAAAUGGCAUUCCUUUUCGAAAAA